CGUUACGUCACGCAUGGCCAUUCACUGCCGUCCAUGUUAUAGGAAAGUUUAGAGUUAACAGGAAAACCGACGUUUCAGAAAAUUGAGGCGAUGUCUUUAAGUCGUGGUCUGUAAGAUAUAUGUUGCGCCACUGCUUAGCAGUUAAGCUUGGGAGAAAGUGUUCAAUAACCAGCUUGUUAGCGCAACUCAUAUUUUGUUGCUCGCGGCUAUCCACAGGGCUUUGGCUAUUUAUUAGCCAUUUGCCUGCCCGGAUUUCUUUUUCUUUUUUGUCUGCUGUUGCUAUACGGGUCAGUAGAUUUAAGCGAUCAGUGUGUGCACUGGGUUCUUUAAAGAUGACGACUUCCACAAGCGUGGAUAACCAACAGGUCAGCUACACGCAAAGACAAUUCAUUGUAACUUUUUCUUAAAAACUUUCUCGGCGAGCAGAAGGGCUGUCUCGCAUGAACCACCGCGGGACCAGGUUUGGGCUCUGCCACUUCGGAGAUUCAGGAUGAGAAGACCCAAGGUGUGUCGGAUGAUUCUGGCGACAUGUGUGGGGUCUUUCAUCAUAGUCGUGUUUUACUUUCAGACCAGCUUAAAACCAGCUGCAGAGCAGGGCAGUAGGCGGACGGACUGGCAGGGGAAGUCCGGGAGGAGCCCGCUGCAGACUCUGUAUGAGGGAGACCAGCUGGACCUGUCGGGCGCGCAGGUCACGCAUCAGGGCCGGAGGCAGCUGAUGGAGGACGCCUGCCACACCUACACCAGGAAGAAGCGCGUCCUCAUACCGGAGGACCUCAAGCACUUGAUUGUGGACGACCAGCACGGGCUGCUCUACUGCUACGUGCCCAAGGUGGCCUGCACCAACUGGAAGCGCGUUCUGAUGGUGCUGACGGGCGACGGCCGCUACCAAGACCCCCUCAAGAUCCCGGCCAACGAGGCCCACGUGGCUGGCAACCUGCGCACGUUGUCCGAGUACUCCACGGCCGAAAUCAACCACCGCCUGCGCACCUACCUGAAGUUCGUCUUCGUGCGUGAGCCGUUCGAGCGCCUGGUCUCGGCCUACCGCAACAAGUUCACCCGCAGCUACAACACGGCCUUCCACAAGCGCUACGGCACCAAGAUCAUCCGCCGGCACCGGCCCGACCCAAGGCCCGAGGCCCUGGACCGGGGAAACGACGUGUCCUUCGAGGAGUUCGUGUACUACCUGGUGGACCCGCACACCCAGCGAGAGGAGCCCUUCAACGAGCACUGGGAGAGGGUGCACUCGCUCUGCCACCCCUGCCUCAUCCGCUACGACGUGGUGGGCAAGUACGAGACGCUGGAGCAGGACUCGCGCUACGUGCUGCAGCUGGCCGGCGUGGAGGCCGAGGUCCGCUUCCCCGCCUCGGCCAAGAGCGCGCGGACUACGGGCGACAUGACGGCCCAGUUCUUCCACAACAUCAGCCCCUUCUAUCAGAAGAAGCUCUACAACCUCUACAAGAUGGACUUCCUGCUCUUCAACUACACCGUGCCUGACUACCUGAAGUUCAAAUGAGGCUGGGUUUUUGGGUAGGCUGGCACCCGCAAAAUCUUUGAAUAAGGUACUUUGGAUGUUUUCUCUUUCCUUUCAGUGUCGAAGGAAUUUGCUUGCUAGACAUGGCAUUGCGAGCUGCUUCUUGAAUUGGGCUUUCAUUGGACAAUGCCUAUGAGAGAUUGUAAGUGCACGCAGUUCACUUCUUAAUGUGGAAAAAACUUUGAGUGCAUCAAAGGCAGGACUUUUGCACAAACAGAGCCCCUCUUUGGCUGGGUUGCUUCCUCUCAGAUCUCCAGGUGGCCUCCCUACACUUGCUUCCUCUACAGUGCCUCAAGGAUGUGUAGGUUUUAUUGAAUGGACUCGAGCCCUCUCGGGAAAGUCACUGUAAAAGCACCAUUGCCUUUUAACAGUGUUUCUAUGUCAUAUUUAUGGUUUCGUCAUUGUAUUUAUUGUGAACUAGUACUGUGAGCUGAUGUUAGAUUUGAAUUAGCGGGAAGCCAGAACCACAUCCAGAUAUCUGUCAGCCUCCAUUGUCUGGAACAGCAUUUUAUCAUUCCGGUUUCAGAAAAUUAUUUUGAAAUGAAAUUUAUUGACCCAAUUAAGCAAAAUGGUGAGUGGUAAAACCUAUGGGUUGUUCUUUAAGAAUAUAAUAAGGACAUACAGAGGGUUUACAGAUGUGGCCUUUAGUGGUCAUUUACAUGGUGUGUGCUUGGACCGCUGAACAGUUAACUUAGGGGUUAUGUUUCAGAUUUUGACCUUUUCUGUGAAAGUGUUCAGGCCAAACCCAUGAUGAAUGGUCCUUGCAUGAUAAAACUGCGAACAAAGUUCAACAGAAAAGGUCUAGGUGCCUGCUUAAUGGCACUCAGUGACGAAGACACUGACAGAAACUGCUGCAUACACUUCUGCAUAAGCGCUGUGUUGGGAAACUUGCUGGCUUCACACGUCUGGGUGAUCUUUAAGUACUGCUAGCCGUUUCCAUUGGGCUACGUGCAGUAACCAGAACAUCCUGCGUGUCUUCUACUACCAUAUGAAUAUUCAUGAAGAAGUGUGACAUCCCAGCCAUUUCGCAUGGCUAAUAUUUACACAUAUCUACUAAAGAGAAUGCAGCCUGAAAACAUUUUUACUUAAAUUUAGGAAUCAUAUACAAAACAAUUUAAUAAAUGGCAAAUGAGUCUAAACCGCAUAAUGGAUGAAUGAACAAAUGGGUCAUAUGUACUGUAGGGUACUUAUUAAUCAGGAUAGGUCUGUCUGUACAAAUACAUUCAUAUGUACAGUAUAUGUACCUAUAUUACUUCACAUGUUUAAUUCUUCCAAUGUACAGCAUUCAAACAUUUAAAGCAUGCUGAAUUUUAGGUUUCAGGAUGCAUUCCUUUCAGUAAAAGUGUGUAUGUGCACGUGAUCAGGAAGCUAAUUCUUGUCCAUUACUGUUCUUGGCCUUUUUGAAAGGUCUCGGCUUCAGGAGGAGAGAGAGUAUGCAGCUUUCUGUUGGUUGAUGAAUGAAUCUGUGGUGCUGUGUAGCUGAGUGUCAGCGUAUACUGAUCAGUUUACCGUGAAGAUGCUACCAAAGAGCGCUGCUUCUGGACAAACAAAAUGUUGGAAAGGUUUAGCAGAUGCAGCAGGCUUUUUGUGUGAAAAAUGAAUGUGGUUGUGUUGAACGUCUGCUGUGUUAACUGCCCCAGAUGGGUUCAGUGCUGGUGGCCAUGUGGCUGAUCCCUCAGGUGCUCACUUAUCAUUCCCAAGUGCAUUGUGGGUGAGCAGGACUACCACAUGUCCACAAAUCCUGGAUUUGUGAUGUGGUAUUUUUUUGUUAAUCUAUUAUUCAGAUGAUCAAAUUGUAUGAAGACCAAUGAAAAUAUAUAUUAACAAAAUUAUAUAUUAUAAUUGAGUGAGUUAACCACAGUCAAAGCACCCAAAAUGAGUUUGUUGUUCAUUGUAGAUCUUGCAGGAAUACACUCACACUAUGGAGCCUGCAGUCAAUGUACAGCCGAAAUUGCAUAUUUAUAAGAAACUGUGAAUUUAAUAUCAGUGUGCACUAAAUUAUACAGGCAGUAGUUGUUGAACACGCAAGUUGAAAGGCAGUAAUUCAGUGUUGAAUUAGUUCUUACCCUUUGUUUUCUGUUGAUGAUUCAGCUUUCUGUUGAUGACUCAGAUGGUCCAUUCAUGUGUACAGUGUUAAUGUUUGCCAAUACGUUCACUGGAAAUGUAGACGUUGGAGAUCAAACUCACUGUGGUUUAACAGACAUCUGGGCACCAUUUCCCCCCCAAAUAAAACCAUUCUGAAACUCA